UCGCUUGCCCCAUCUCUUUUAUCUCUCUUUCAGUUCCAAGAACGAUAGGGUUGGAGUCCGGUGUUAGUUAUACUCCGAUCUCUUGCUUAGAUUCUCUAUAUUCUUGUGGUUGUCUCGAUUGAUUUGUCUCAGUUUCAGACUUUCAGCUUCUCUUGAUUACCUUUCUUGUUCGAUAUCGAGAAGUUUGAAAGGUUUUGUAGAGCGAAUCGGAGUUUUCGUUGGGACAAAAAAAGAAAAAUUCACAAAAUUUUAUUCCUGAGAUUUGAAAUGGAAAACCCAAAGAGAGAAGGUUCGAUUGAUGAGAAUAAAAUUGAGGGAUCGGAUCGUUUGAAUCAAACUUCCGAUGAGGUUUCUGAUGAAUCCGCUGCUGUUGGUGUUUCGUCGAGGGAAUCUGAAACCUCUUGUGUUAGUUCUAGCGGCCCUUCGAUUACUCCGCGGGGGAUUAGGAGAAUCUCUGGAAAUGAACGAGAUCUUACCGAGAGGCUUAGGGGUAUCUUCAGGGAUGAGGGUGAUGAAGAUCUGUUGCUGCAGAGUACCGAUCGAGGAAACGGCAUCCUUCAGUGGCUACAGGCCUUGGAUGUGCAGGUUAUGGGAGGUUGCCGUGCCGAUGAAAGGCUGAAGCCGUUGCUGAAACUGAAUGUCUCGAGUGGUAUUACGGAUGAUAGCUUGCUGGCGCAUAUAAGUCAGCAUUUUGAGGUCCCGGAAGUUGGUAUACUGGCGAGAUGUUUGUGUAUUCCUCUAGUUACCAUGCGUGUAGGGAAGGUCGUCAAGCAAGGAACCCUUUUGUUUCCAACCGCUACAAGGGGAAAUUUCUAUAUCACUCUUUUGCCCACAUCUGAUUUGCGAAUAUCAUUUGCUGGGGAUGAUGGCUGCUCAGAGAAAGUAGUAACAUUGAGUAGCAAUUCUGAAAGCUCUGUAGUAAUAGAAGAUAUCCCAGCUGACAAUUCUGGUCGUUCUUUCUGUAUAAAGCUACCAGAUGGGAAAGUCUUGUACUUCUGGUGCUCGGAGAAAUCAAAGCUCCUUGGCAUGGAGUUGCUUGCAAAGAUGAAGGAUAUUGUUAGGAGGAAGCCUUCUCUAGCUCAGCUAACUGGAAUCAGUGAGUCACGCCUUGACUGCUUUGCAACUCAUCUCCGUGCUUAUCUAAUUGGAUCAACAGUGAGCACUACCCAAGCAAAUGCAAAUGUCUCAUCUUCUUCAGUGGAUACUGUAUCUAACUCCCUUGAGUUGGACCAGAGCACCCAACUUGUGCCUGCAUCUACAAAACCAUGCCGUGCACGAUACAACAGUAGUCAAGUAGCAAAAACUCAUGCCCUCUAUCAAGGCAGCCUCAGCCCAAGAUCUAAUUCUUUCAAGGAUGGCUUUCCAAGGAACGUUUCCCUUGCUAAAACUGUUUCUAGAGAAAAGAUCAAGCGGCGGGGAGAUGGUCAUCUUUCAGUUGAGAACCUACCUGUUGCUUCCAAAUCUGCUGCACAAGGAUGUCUUGUGGAGGUCAGUGGAUCCCAGCCCCUACGGCCAUUAGGCUUCUUGCGAUCUCUUGGGAAGCCGGAUUCUCUACCAGCAUUAACUCCAUUGUCAUCCCAAAUUCCAUCCAAGAGUAGUUCAAAUUAUUCUCCCUACUACUGCUGGUGCCCUCCCCGCACAUCAACCUUGCAAUGCUCUGCAACACUUCCACAACUGCCUAUCCCAUUGAGUGAUUAUUCUUUGUCUCUGCCGACUUUGUCUUCCUUGUCAUUCGACAUGAGUUCCCCUAGCCCCCUGUUCCCACCAAAGAGUUCUGUUGAUGUCACUGGUAUUAUAUCAUUGGAUUUCCCUGCUUUCCUGCCUGACCCAGUGAAUCAGUUACCUCUCCCAGUUUCUUCGAUCAUCAGUGCAGCAAGCUCUCAGCAGAUUCAAACUUUCACUCCCUUGAUGUGUGACCCUAUAGUGCACAUUCUUGAUGUCUGCUCUUCAGGUCAAGGCUACUUGGUCACUGCAGGGCCUCUUUCAACCCCUGUACCAUCUUUGCACUCAAACCUUGUGGGCCCGUUGAUCACAGAAACAGAAUCAGUGGUAGAGAAGGGUGCAAGGGAAACGCUUCGGUUGCUCAUUAGUUCGACAAAGACAAAUCCACAACUGAUGGGCGUUAUACCUGUUGUUUUGAACAGCACUGACAAAAAACAUGGUAACCUUGCUGUAGAAAGCAGGGGACUUUAUAGUGGAAUAAGAGAUGUUGGUGCCAUUGAAAAUACUGUUGGUAUGGUAGGAUUAGUUUCCCAGCAGAUGGUACAUUGCGGGGAGGAUGAUUUGGACAACAUAUCACAGGUUGCGGAAGGCCCCGAAAAGUCCUGCUCAGAUGAUGGAGGGGCCAAGACUGACUGGAAGUAAGAAAGUUUUUUGCCUCUCGUUUUCACCUCCACGGCAUGUAUCCAAGGGUAAGUGUAAAUAUUUAUGUUACUGUAAUUUAGACAUUAUCAAGUUUAUUUGAUUGAAAAAAGCUUGUCAUUCAUGAGAUCCAAUUUUUGCUUUUGAAGAUUGAAGAAUCUUCGGUGUAUCCGAGGAAAAGUGUAAAUAUGUAAGUAGCUGUAACUCAAACAUUAUCAAGUUGAAAAGAUUGUCAUUCAUGUGAGUCAA